AUGUCUAUCGUCUCGCUGCUCGGCGUCGAGGUGAAAAACAACCCGGCAACGUUCGACGCGCCAUAUGAGUUUCUAAUCACCUUUGAGUGCCACGAGUCGCUGCAGAAAGAUCUCGAGUGGAAACUCACCUAUGUUGGCUCUGCAACAUCCAACGAGCACGACCAGGAGCUUGACUCCGUUCUCGUGGGCCCCAUUCCCGUUGGUGUGAACAAGUUCGAAUUCCGCGCCGACCCUCCAAAUCUGUCGCGCAUCCCCAAUAACGAGAUCAUUGGCGUCACUGUCAUUCUCCUCAGCUGUAGCUACGACGAUCGCGAGUUUGUACGAGUUGGAUACUAUGUCAACAACGAGUAUACAGACGAGGCACUACAGCUCGAACCUCCAGCGAAGCCCAUCAUCGAGAAAGUGCGGCGAAAUAUUCUGGCUGAGAAGCCUCGAGUGACCCGCUUUGCGAUCAAGUGGGAUUCUGAGGAGACGGCUCCCCCCGAGUUUCCCCCCGAACAGCCCGAAGCUGAUCUGAACGCGGAUGGUGACCAAUACGGCAUCGAGGAGGAAGAGGAGGACGAGGACGAGGAGGCAGAGACAGAGGGCGCCGCUCCUGCCGAGGGCGAAGACGCCGCCAUGGCCGGCGCGGAUGACACUGCUGGCCCAGCUGCAGAGGACGACGCUGCUUCAGACGCUGGCAGCGAAGAUAUUGAGGAAAGUGAAGGCGAGGACGAGGAAGAGGAGGAGGCUGAGGAGGAGGGCGGCGACGACAUGGAGAUGGAUGAUGCGACCGGCGACCAGAGCCACCCCAAGCAGCCUGCGAAGCCAAACCCAGACGUCAUGGUCCAUUAG